CUGGAGAUUGUCGACGAGGGCUCUUGGAAGAAUCAAGCACAGCUAGUUGCCGCUACCUGCUUCGGGUGCUAUUCCCCAAGAAAUCGACGGGCAUACAGUCCCAAGUCCACCGGUGCACCGACCCGCCCGCUUGUCAGCCCGAUUUACUUCGUGCGCUAUUCUUCGAUCGAUUGCCGGAGGGACAGAACUUGAGUUGGAGGUGAAUCUCUCGCGCGUAGUAUUUGUCUGUGAAAUCCACGGGGAGCCUCGGAGCAUCGGUAGCUUUCGACGAAUCGUCCCCGGGAAGUGCUAAGGAUGGCGCGACCAAACGUUGUAGUACCGCUGCUUCUCUUCAUUACUUCUGUGGUUUGGUUGAGUGCCCAGGCAGGAACAGACAUCCCGCCUUGCAAUCCAGACACCUGUGAAGAACAGUGCAAUGCCACAGCAAGUACGUAUGGCGAAAAUAUCACCCUGACCCAUCAGUGCAACAAAGCGUCGGGUCGAUGCAUCUGUUGUGUUUUGCCGGAAUGCGAGGCAACCUGUCAGCAGCGGCGGAAGAAAGAGCGACCACGCUCGAAGGAUGUUCGCAGCCGAUGCAAUGACAAGGGCGAGUGCUAUUGCAACUUCAUUUUCUUCGAAGACGAUACCCGGCCGUCCUCAGCACCCAAGCUAACCGUAUAAUAUCCAAAAUGUUCUGUCAUUGUGAUAAUGGUCAGAGGAGAAGGAGAGUAUAAAGUACUUUUGUGGGG